AUGAUUUUCGCUUUUCUUAUAGUGUCGUUAGUAGGAGUUAUCUUUGACCGACCGACCUGCGCCACGGAAAACGCAUGCGAGGACGGUCGCGUGUGCCCGGCGCACUGGCUGUGCUGCGAGCACGGCUGCUGCGCGCCGGCCACCGCGCCGCCACGCCAAGAGCCCGACGACGACGCCUUCAAAGAGAUAUUCACCUACCCGUGGUACACGCAGUGGCAAAUACUGUUCCUCCUGGGCUGCCUUUUGGGUAUUCUGGUCUGCUGCACGUGGUGCCUGUUCUUCAGGCGACCACACGGCGUAUAUAUGUUUUCACUGUCCUGUUGCGUGCGUCGGCCAACUUCCGAACACGACUCGGCAGGCUCCGUGUAUCCGCCACCCCGGUACAGCCGCUGCGGCUCUUUCCACCAGGCCCCGCCACCCUAUUCGGAAGUCACAUCGAAGCCAGAUCUUUAUCCCCUCGUAAUCACGUGCGCUGAAGGUGACGGGAAAAACGGUACAGGCGGGAACUACCUUAUGGUUCAAUACUUUAGAAAUUACGUUAUUCGUGCUCCUGGUUCUCUAUCUGCAACAAGUACUGUAGACUCGCUGAGCUCAAGUUUUAUUUGUAACGCGGCAAAUGAGGCGAACUCGAUAAUCCCACCACCCUACUCGUGUGCGAGCAAUUACGAAGAGUGUGGCUCGGGGAGGACGAGUGCGCCCCCGCCGCACCCGCCCUUCCCCCGCCGCGCAGAGCGCCGUGACACCGCCACCGCCUUCCGCGAGAACCUCAUCACUUCACCCGUGCAGCCACUGGAUGCUGCGUUCGAUCUGGAGUUGGAAUUGAUCGACUGCGAGAUGUAUUGUGACGGGGGUUGCAAGCCCCGUUUGGGUUCCUCUCCUCCGGCUCAUCGCUCCCAGUCCAACGUAACGGACGCUAUCUACGACCAAGAAGCCUACAGACUGCGGCAUCUCUUCUCAUGUCCUUCCCACGAAAACGCCGGUGCCUGCGAAUCGCCCCCGCAACCUACAAGCCCCACUCAAACAUCUGGGGAGUCCACACUCCAUAGACCAACCGAAGAGAGAUUUGAUAGGAGGACCAGACGUUUGGAUAACGUCAGAAAAACUCUUAAAGCGAGGAAAUCAAGUCUCUACAUGCCGCUGUCGAUGGCCCACCCUGGAAGGCAAUCGCGGGUGUCGCCAGGUACAAGAGUUUCUUCGCGAUCCGCUCCGGCGACCCCAUGCGGUGCUCUCGUCCCUAACAUCCUCAUUUUCUCGCAACGCGUCUCAGCAUCCAGGCAUAGUUCGAGAUCCUCGCGACUCGAAGAAGAGAACGAUCCACUACUGGCGGACGUUGAGAACGCGCGAACCGACCAUAAGUUU